UUCGAUAGAUUGUAUAAAAAUCUCACUAGAGGACACUACUGGCAGUCAGUAGUGAACGUGUUUCUAGCGCAUACGGACUGGUGAUAUGAUGCGGAAGCUCUCUGUUAUAUUGCUGCUGGUCGCAGCCAUCUGCUGGACAAGUGUGGUCAGCAGUCCGGUUGUGUCCGCCGAUGCAUCCAAGGGUCGUGUAGUUGGUGGCGAUCUAGCGUCCGUUGGACAGUUUCCGUACUCCGUUGGUUUGAUAACGCAUUCGACUUCCAUCUUUACGGGACGUUGUGCAGCAUCUUUGAUAUCGGCCAACUACAUCCUGACGGCAGCAAGCUGCGUCCAAAGCGCUACAUCUGCCUUUGCAUACAUUGGAGGACUUCGGAUCGACGAUCAAUCAGAAGCGGGUCGGGUGCGUCUGCUAGUGGAACGUUUCAUUCUUCAUUCGAGCUUUGUUGAGGGUGGUGAAAAUUUCGACGUUGCCCUUGCUCAGCUUCCACAAAGUGUCGCCUUCAACGAUCGCAUCCGUCCGAUCCGGUUGCCAAACCGUCGCCAGGUACAGGCAACGUUUGCCGGACAGCAGGGCACGGUGUUUGGAUGGGGUCGGUUCGGUUCAGGCAUCAGCAAUUCGGCCGAGUUGCGUUUCGGCCGGGCAGAGGUCAUAACCAAUUUGGCCUGUCGGGUUAAUCUGCCAACGAACACUAUAUCCGAUGCGCACAUGUGCACGGACGGUACGCUUACUUCGCCGUGUGCUGGAGACAACGGUGCACCACUUACGAUCAUGGAUGCGGACGGUAUCACCACGCAGGUCGGUGUGUUCUCGUUUAACUCGGUGUUGGGCUGUGAGGCAGGCCGCGCCGCUGUGUAUACGCGCCUUUCGGCCUACCUUGACUGGAUCGGUUCGAAUUCGGAUGUGAUUAUUCGGGAUGACUACGAUGCUGCCGUCAAGACGUGGGUCGGAGAAAUCAAUGCACCGCCGCAGAAACUCGUUCCGGACGUAAGCGACACAAGCAAUCCGACCGCCCACGGUACAUCGAGUCACCCCAACCAAAUCAUGCACACACUGCAGGUGAUCGCUUUAAUUGUGUGCUUCGGCGCUGUAAUAGAAGCGGCAAGAGUAAUCACUGGCCCGGAUGAUAUCGAUUGGUCCACGGUACGAUCGAUAAGAGAGAAACCAACUUACCCUCGAUCGGGAUCGAUCGAGCUAGCAACGCAGUUGAAUCGUUCCGAACGUAUCCUGAACGGUGUUACGGUAGCACGCGGAGACAUUCCGUAUGCGGCAGCCAUUUUAAUCAGUGAAGAAUUUGCGACUUACUUUUGCGGUGGUGCACUAAUAUCGGACCACUUCGUACUGACAGCUGCGUCGUGUGUCGAUGGUGAUCGUGAUCUCUCGAUAACGGUUCUGCUAGAUGCAGCACAAAUAAAUACAGCGGGCGAAUUUAUUGCCGUAUCGGAGAUUAUAGUACAUCCGUCACCGAGUGACAAUGAUAUUGCGUUGCUACGUCUAAAUCGUGCCGUUCGACUCAAUGAUAACAUUCGUCCUGUCACGCUACCGAACCGUAGACAGCGCACCAUGACAUUCGUCAAUCAGCUGGCAUCGGUCUCCGGUUGGGGUCGUACGGCUUCCAACACCAACGAAGCGUUACCACUCAACAAUCUGCGAUUGGUGCGUAACCACGUGAUGAGCAAUUUCAACUGUGGCGUAUCCUUUCCGUUCCAAAUCUCCGACCAACACAUCUGCAUAACGGGUGACAGUGGUAGUGCGUGUGCCGGUGACGAAGGUGGACCACUAACGACGGUGGAUGUCGUGACGGGACGCACGUUCCUGAUAGGAUUGUACUCGUUCACAUCGUUCCUGGGUUGUGGUAUGGGUCGCCCGACAGUUCAUACCCGCAUCACGGAGUAUCUGGAUUGGAUUGAAGCGAACUCGGACGUGAUCAUACUGGACAACUGGGACACAAGAGUGGUAUGAAGGCUAAAGCAAUAAAGACGAGAUUUGGUACUCAUUUCAUGCAACAUGAUUGUAUUUAUCGAUAGCCGUUUAUGAA